ACCUUUGUUUUCUAUACUGUGCUGUCACAUUGUCAUCUUGUCAAUGUAAAUUGUCAAAUCCACGCUGAUCACCUAGGUAUUCCAAAACGCAUGUGAUUUUAGUUUUUAACUUUUUACGCUAUGAUAUUUACAGGAAAUUACUGAGCCAUGGCGAAACUACACAAUUACUACGUUUUAUGUCCACUUAUCGAUCAAAACAGUUUUUUAGGUGUAUCUCAAGAUUCUGACGUUGAAAAUGUUUUAGUUACUUUAGGCAGAAAUGUUAUUAAUAAAUAUAGACUUUCAGAUCAAAAACAAAUCGGCGGCUGGACUUCAAAAGAACACGUAACUUCUACUGUUAUUUUUGAUAAGGACCAAGAUUCUUAUGUGGGAGUUUUCAAUAGAAACACAAUCAAAAUGUGGAAAGAGGAUUCCGAUAACUUGGACAAAACGAAAAAAUACAAAUUCCCAAUCAACAUUUUCAAGUUGAUCCCUAGAGAAAAUCGCCCAUCAUUGAUAAUAUUUAACAAUGGAAAUUGUGCAUCUCUUCCUUACGCACUUGAUAAUAGAAAGACCUAUGAAAGCAAACAGCUUAUUAAAGAGUCCGAUUCAAUUAUUGAUGUAGCUUGCUUCAGUGUAGAGUUAACAGAUUAUGUUUGUUAUGUCGUAAAGAAUGCUAAAGACAAUUAUGAAAUCCUGCUAUGUCCCAUCAGAGAAGAAUUGGGUGACAUGGAAAAGUCAAAAUUGAAUAAAAUUAAAGUGUCUCGACCAGAUGAUGUAUAUGUAGUUGGAGAAUUAAUCAGUGUAGAUGAUAAUUACUGUGUUUAUUUUUUGUGGAAUGAUGGUAAAAUGACAAGUUAUGAUCUAUUGAAAUCAUCUUGGAAGACUAUUGGCACAGUGCCGUGGAUUUCAACUAUGUCCAGUGUAUCUAUUUCCUGGAUGGGCCAGGAUCAUCUCAUCUUGUUUGGAAGCAAUACAGAUCAAGAUGGAGCUAUUAUUGUUGCCUAUAAUGUAAUCCUAGGAGUAGGCUCAUGCAGAUACCCUAUGAAAAUGUACUCAGAAAAUGCAAAACUAUAUUGUUUCAAUGGCCGUAUAAUUCUUGAAGCUUCUAACCACAUUGGAAUGUUGCCCUAUGUCCUGGAAACUAAAAGAAAUCUUUCAAGUCUCCUGGGAUCCCACGAAAUAGUAGAAGAUACAUGCAUGGAAAUUGCAGACUGGGACACUCCCGUUGAACCCAUGUUUAGCAUUAUAGAUGAAGUAAAAGAUUUACUAAAAGUAGGUUUAACUGAAAGAGAUAUGUGUGCACAAGUAAUUCCUCCCCUAGUUGAAAAGGGAGAUUACAAUCAGCUAUUAAGGGUUUUAAAGAAAUUUAAAGAUGUGCCAGAGACUGUCUUAUCCUUAUUAAUAAAUUAUGCUAUAAAACUGGUUAAUCCAGGAAGUGUUGACUUAACAAAUCGCGAUAACUUUGUUAAAUAUUGCAAUUGUGAAGUUGGAACCAAAAAAGAUAAACUCAUUCUCAAGAGCAAAUUUAGACUUCUGGACUAUUUGCUUCAAGUGACAUUUAGUGAUGCGAUGCUGAUACCCCAUUUGAGAAAUGACUUGUCUUUGGACAGUGCAUUAUUCCUAAUGUCAUAUAUCUCACAUUUACUUGUAGAUUCGGACAGAAUUGUCAAUGAAAGCUAUGAAAGCAAACUAUUUGACUGGUGUAUCUUACUUAUGGAUGCUUUUUAUCAGCAGUAUUUGUUGACAAAAGAUGAAAAAGUAUCUAUUGUUUUAAAUUAUACACAGAAGGUUAUUGAGAACCUUAUAGACCAUUUGUAUCAAGUUGAUAGUGCUCUGCCCUUGUUACAUAAAAUAUUGUCAGGAAAACAAGCAGAGGAUAUUGAAGAAUCAUUGUCAUAUGCUAUUGAACUAAUUGAAAUAUAAUUACUUUGUUUUAA